AUGUGCCGCACCGCGACAUUAUUACAGCUAUCGCUGUUUCUCGCAGCACAGGCUCUAGGCAAAACGAAUGUUGAUUAUGACCCGGAUAAGAAUUAUCGACCACGGAACGUGACGGGUUUGGAUUAUUACUAUUAUCCAUGGAUUGGCUCAUACUACAACGGCAGCGCCGUAUUCACCAUCUCCGACGUCAACCCUCGAGACGACCGCAGCAAAUCCGAGAUCGAAGAGGAGGGAGAGUUGGAACUCUGUGGGCGGCUGCGGAACAUCACGUACAGCUGGUCCUACCCAGCAAUCCUCGCAAUCACAGAGACAGAACCGGAAGAUGAUCGACCGGAGAACACAAAUCCAAUCGACAUUUCGUUGUUCACCUCGUACUCAAACUUCACGAAGUAUUUUAACGAUUAUAUCGAUUCCGGCAACAUGCAGAUUCGGGAUAUGCCCUUUGUAUUUGAGGCGAUUGAGAAGUCGCGUUAUGCAUUCCCCGCGAAUAGAGACACGAAGCCAGAGUUUAACCUGACUGUCUCCCAGAACACUGGGGAUGGACUCCCUUUUAGAGUGACAGGGAGCUCGGAGCUAGAGCAGAACCCGCUUGGUGGCUUCCAUAUGAAUAUGUCGACCUGCAGUCGUACCGAGGGAUGGUGGGGUGUCAAUCCCAUAUCAAUCGAUGGUAACCGUGACGACAUUAGAGGCGUGACAAACCCGACCAUGCAGAUGACAUUUGACGACUCUUCGGCCAGUUUCAGGAUCCAAUCGUGGAUUUACGCGAAUCCCUUUGCCGAAACGGGUGAGGAGACGCCAAGAAUUUCCGGUAUAUUGACGAUCGACUUCUUGGGGAGGAUUGAUGAUGCACGCUCGGAUGUCUUGAACGAGGGAACUCCAGUGACAUGGACACCGAGCAUGGGGUUCGGGAAUAAUUCCCUGAGUUUGGAUUAUGGAUCCGGUGCGCUUGCCGCAGCUGGAGUGAACAUUGGUCAGAUGUGGAGCAUCCUGGGGGCCGUUUUAGUAUACAUCUUCAUAUAA